GGGGUUGGGGGGCUGGAGAGCGGGCCCUGGAGAGCAGGGGUGCGAGGGUCAGGAGGGCGGGGUGAAGGGGGUGCUGGAGGGCAGCGAUGAGGAGGGCAGCCUGUCUCCCAUGUGUGACUGUGGCCGCUUCCUGUGUGCCCUGGUGUCGGCUCUGUGGAGGGGUGGGCACUGGCUUUGGAACACCUCCCUCCCAGUGCCUUCUAAAGGGCAGCAGAAAGAGGCCUGCCAGGCAGGGGCAGCAGAGGCCACCUUUCUUCUUCCUCCUUGGCCCCCGCCCUGUGCUGCCUGGGCAGGUCCCCAGGCCCAGGCGCUGAGAGGCUGUUUACUGCCGCAGGUGGAGGCCCGGUGCUGGAGGGAGGGGGGUUCCCCGCACGCCUCUCCAGCCCUCCUGCUGCCCAUGGCCCAAGCCCAAGCCCAAGCCCAAGCUUGUGCCGGUCCUUGCGGCCUCACCCAGCUGGCAGGGACAGCUGUGUGUGAUGCUGCUGGAGACGCCAGAUGCCACGUGCCCUGCGAGGACGGCUUGCGGGGCCGCGGGAGGGGGACUGCCAAUCAUGGUGAAAGGGGACAUUUUCACUGGGUCCUCCUGGUUCGUGUCCUGCGUACUCGGGGGCACUGUGCAGACAGCUGCCCUUUGUCUGCCGGAGACAGUGCAGGCAGGGGAGUCAGGUUUAGGGCUCUGACAUGGGGCACGGGGACUCUGAGCAGAGGGAUGUCAGGGCGGCUCUGUGCGUCUGAGGCCUUUGCUCUUGCUUUGCGGGUCUGUUCAUGUCCAAAGCACUUUAGGAGGCUGCAGGGAUCAAUACCCAAUAUACCCAAUAAACUGGAAUUGUUUACACGUGACCUACAUUUUGGACGGUUUAUCAAUAAACGUGUGAACAACUGUUAUUAAA